AUGGAAAUGGGUCUUCCACGUCUUCUUCUUCCUGCCAAUUUCCUCUAUAAAUUUCAGCCAUUCUCGCCCAUUCGAUCACGCACAAAGCAGCUUAACUCUUCACCCAACACACAACUCAUAUCUGCAAAAUAUCGAACCAAUUCAUCACAGCUCAAAUCUGCUACCUCCUGCAAAAUAGCAAAGAGAGUUGUAAUCCUCUUUAAAGAUUCACAUCAUAGCAGAAUUCUCAUAAAGGUCCACUUGAUAGAAGGCUUUAGCACUGAUUUUACAAGAAGAGAAUUGUGCAAGAUUUAUCUACAGGCUUGUUAUCAAGGUUGAGCGGCAGAUGGUGACGUGCGAAGCUGAGGGAGGGUGUUGCUGUAUUUCCAAAUGAAUGUCAAGAAUAAUUUCCGCUGCCAUAGUAUUCACUAAGAUGGAUAUUAUUUGAGAUUAACUAUUUUAAUAUGAACUCCUGAUGUUAUCGCUUUCCUAGCGAUUAUUCCUCUCAUAUAUUAUUCGCUUAGUACUAAAUGUUAUCUUUUUGUCUCAGACCUCCGAACUUUUGAUCCUGGUUGGGAGAAUUUCUAUUUAAGUUGUCGUAUUUAUCAUCCUUCAA